AUGAUUAAUGAAGAUGUUGAAAUUUUAAAAAAUUAUCCAUCAUUAGAUCAACUUAAGGACAUUUUACAGAGGUACCCAUCACCUUCAUUUUCAAUAAUUAGUGCUUUAUUAAAUUAUACAAUUCCUCAAAUUUAUAAAUCUUUACCAAAUGAGUUGCAACAAAUUAUAAAUUCAAAAUUUCAAACAUUAAUUGGAUUUGGAAACUUGAUAAGUAUAAUAUCAAAUUUAAAAAAUGCAGUGAACUCUCAAAAUGAAUUGAUUUUAUUUAUGAAUAUCUUACAAGAUGUUGUUAAUGAUCAUUUGUUAUCAAAUUUAUUAAAAUCAAAUAAACAAGUAGAAAUAAGAGAAAUUGAUAAAUUACUUUUCAAAGGUCAAUUGUUAUCAGUUGUCAAUGAAAUUGUAUUACAGAAUAAUAUAGAGAUAGUGAAUCCUUAUUUAAAAUCUACUGAAUCAUAUUUCAAGUAUCUUAUAAAUUCAGUGCUUAAACUAUACACAUCAUCUAUCGAAGUUCCAGAAGUAUUUAUUCAUUCCAUUUUAAAUUUCAGUAAACCAUCAUUCAAUUUAUUCUUUCAAACAUUUUUCCAAAUUCAGAACUGGGAUUACUUUCUAAGCACAUUCGAUAAUCUAAAAUCAUUUCAGAAAAAGGAAAUAAUCAAAAAGUUUUAUACAAUCUAUUUAAUAACAAUUGUAAAAGAAAACAAUAUAAUACCACUAUUUAAUAUCCUAGGAUUUACAAAUAUAUAUAUUGAUGAAAAUUUAUGUGAAAAUGCAGUUCGAUCAUCAAAUCGUACAUUAUUACAACUAAUAUCAAUUAUACUUACAAAAAAUCCUAAAAUUGAAAAUAUAACUCUUUCUCAAAUUAAAAAAUGGUCUGAUCCAAUAUAUAUAAAAAAUGAACCAAUAUCAAUCCAAGAAUCAAGAACAUUUUUCAUUGCUCAAUUAUUAGCUUACCAACGGAGUAGUGAAUUUGUUAAGGAAUUAACUAAGAAUAAAAUAUGUUUAGAAGCAAUAAGUAAUAGAUUAUCAUCAUUUUCAAAUAAUGUAAAGGCAUUAGGUGUAAUAUUGGCUGAUUAUAUUUGUGAAUUAAAUGGUGAUGAAAAAAUUUUUAAAUCUACUAAUGUUUCAAAUGAUUUUGUUAAUUUAAUAAAAGAUCCAAUACCAGUUGAAAAUAUGUUGACUGAAGAAGCUUGGAGUUUGCUUAGUUCUGAGAAACCAGAAUCAAAUAACACUCCCACGAAACCUUCAACUCCAGAUCAAUUAAUAGUACAAGACAUAAUCCAAGAAGAUAAUUCAGAUGAUGAAGAUGGUUCAUUACCUCAAAAAUCUAAAAUUCCAGAUCCUAUAUAUAUCAAGGAUUUACUUGAAUACCUCAACGUAGAUACAAAAAAUUCACAAGCUUAUGAAAUGAGAAGAUCAGCAUUAAACAAUGGUCCUACAUUAUUAAGACAAAAAUUUCGAAUGGGAAAUGAAGUUGAAUUUUAUUCAAAAGAUCUUUUGAGUAAUUUAAUUGGGUUAGAUAAUUUUUUUAAUGAUUCUGAUUUUCAAGAUUUGAAAUUAGUAAAUUUAGUAGCUAUUAUUGUUACAAACCCUCAAAUAACUUUUUAUUUCUUUGAGUUAUUAUUAACUGGUGAUUAUUCUUUACAACAACGUUUGAUGAUAUUAUCUGCAACUUCAUUAGCUGCGAGAGAAUUAAGAGGAUUAAAAGAUGAUAUAAUUGUAAAUUCAUAUACUAAAAAGGAAUUUGCAACUAAAAAAUUACCAACAAAUUUACAUAAUAAAUAUAUGCAGCAUGAAACAAACUACCUAAAUCAAAUUGAAAAUAAUUUACAAAAUUCAUUAAUGGAGAAACCAUCAAUUCAAGCACGAGAUGAAAUAUUAGGUAAAGGUAAGCUAGUUAGAAUAUCAAAAUCAUUAACUAAAAAAUCAAACAAUGAAUUAGAAACAAAUACAAAACCAAUAAUCCCAAAUUUUUUUAAAAUUAUAGGAACUAAUUUCUUUUUCCCCUUAUUAAAUGUAUGGUAUGAAUCAGGUAUAAUAGAUAUAGGACAUUAUUCAACAAUAUUUAUAGCACAUUAUUUAAAGACAUUAACAUUGUUAAUUCAUGUAUCUUAUCCAUCAUCUACUCAAUUAAAUGAUAUGAUAAAAGAAUAUUUAUUAUUAAGUUGUAUAAUAAUCAAGAAAAUUUCCCCCGAAGAAAUUCAAGUAUUAGAAAGUAUAAUAACUGGUAUUUUAUUAAUUUUUGAUAUUAACGAAGGUGAAUAUCUUAUAAGAAAUUAUGAUAAUGAAAUUUUAUUAAUUACGACUUGGUUAAGUAAUAUAUGGGAAUCAAUAAUUGAUGAUAAAAUUAAAAGUUUAGCUGCUGGUUUAUUAUUAAAAUUACAAGAUGUUACUACUAAAUUUGAAAGAACUUUAAUUGAUCAAAAUCAAGGUCUAUAUUAA